GAUCCAAAACGAUUGUUCGAAGGUAACGCACUUCUGCGUCGUCUGGUACGAAUUGGUGUGCUGAGCGAAGAUCGCAUGAAACUCGAUUACGUUUUGGGCCUGCGAGUGGAGGAUUUCUUGGAACGUCGCCUGCAGACACAAGUUUUCAAACUCGGCCUAGCCAAAUCCAUCCACCAUGCUCGUGUUCUCAUCAGGCAAAAGCAUAUACGCGUGCGACGUCAAAUAGUGAAUGUGCCUUCGUUCAUCGUUCGUUUGGAUUCGCAGAAGCACAUCGAUUUUUCACUGAAAUCGCCAUUUGGUGGUGGUCGGCCGGGACGUGUGAAGCGACGCAAUGCAAAGAAAGGCACCGGUGGCGAGGGUGCAGCCAGCGAUGCAGAAGAAUAA